AUGGCUGCCACCUCGGGAUUGUCGACCGCAGUUUCCGUUCCCGCCAAGCUCAGCCACGUGGCAUCCUCCAGCAACGGCAUCUCAGGCACCGCGACCUCCGUCGCUUUCCCAACCUCGAAGCGAGCGGUUCGUGCGGGAUCGAGCGUGGCGGAGGGGCGCGGGAACUGCCGAUGCUCGACGGCGGAGAUUCUCCACGAUGGCGCGCGGGAUCCGCUGCUGCUGCGCGUGGCGCGCGGAGAAGACGCGGAGAGGACGCCCGUGUGGCUCAUGCGCCAGGCGGGGCGCUACAUGAAGGACUUCCGCAAGUUCUCGGACAAGUAUCCAUUCCGCAUGCGAUCGGAGACGGCGGAGAUCGCGAUCGAGCUGACGCUGCAGCCGUGGAAGGCGUUCGGCACGGACGGCGUCAUCAUGUUCUCCGACAUCCUCACCAUCCUGCCCGCUCUCGGGGUGGAGUUUGAUAUGGUGAAGGGCAAGGGGCCCGUCAUUGCGGAUCCUCUUCGCACGGCUGCGGACCUGCGCGACCUCAAGCCCCUGGAGGACCCAGAUGCCAAGCUGCCGUUCAUCCGGGAGAUCCUCACGUCGCUGCGCAGGGAGCUGGCGGGCAGUGAGGCGACGCUGCUGGGGUUUGUGGGCACGCCGUGGACGCUGGCAGCAUACGCCAUCGAGGGGCAGGGCAGCAAGAACCUGCUCGCCACCAAACACAUGAUGCUGCACGAGCCGGAGCUCCUUCACGGCAUCCUGGCUGCCUUAGAAGAUGCACUGGUCGUCUACGUGAGCCACCAGAUCAGCUGUGGGGCGCACAUCGUGCAGCUGUUUGACUCGUGGGCGCACCACCUCACGCCCGCGCAGUUCGCCGAGUUCAACCUGCCGUACGCCGAGCGCAUCGUGCAGCGCGUGAGGCAGCUGCACCCGCACACGCCGCUCAUCUUCCAUGGGAAUGGCGGGACCGGCAAGCUGCAUCUGGUGCAGCAGGGGUGCAGUGCGGACGUGGUGGGGCUGGACUGGGGCACCGAUAUGGCUGAGGCCAGGCGUGUGUUUGGCAGUGAUACCGUGCUGCAGGGGAACGUGGACCCGAUGGUUCUGUUUGGUCCCGAGGCAUCCAUCAGAGCGGCUGUGGCUGAUUGCUUGAGCAAGGCAGGGGGCAGGAGGCACAUUCUCAAUGUGGGGCAUGGGGUGGUGCAGGGGACUCCUGAAGAAUCUGUGGCACUUUUCUGCAAGCUUGCACAGGAGAGUGGGCGGGCAGCACAAGGAAUUGGCGGCAUGGCUUCUGCGAGGAGCAUCUCAUUUCCCACCUGUCAUCUGCAAACUCUUGUUGUACAGGCAGCACUUGACCUCCACUCUCCGCCGAACUCCUCCCAGCCACGCCUGACCAGCAAAAAUCACGCAAUGGCCGCCGUCGCCUCUUCCUCUGCUGUCCGCGUGGCUGCCGUGUUCGGCGCCAAGAACCAGAAGCUCAAUGCCAAGAGCUUCGCCGGCUCUUCCCUCGCCGUGAAGGCCGCUCCCGCGCGCCUGACCAUGGCCGCGGAGGCCCCCGCCGGCUUCUCCCCCCCGGAGCUGAAGUCCGACACGCCGUCGCCCAUCUUCGGCGGCAGCACCGGCGGUCUUCUCCGCAAGGCUCAGGUCGAGGAGUUCUACGUGAUCACGUGGGAGGCCAAGAAGGAGCAGAUCUUCGAGAUGCCCACCGGCGGUGCCGCCAUCAUGCGCGCGGGUCCCAACCUGCUGAAGCUCGCCAGGAAGGAGCAGUGCCUCGCGCUCGGCACCCAGCUGAGGACAAAGUUCAAGAUUAACUACCAGUUCUACCGCGUGUUCCCCAGCGGCGAGGUGCAGUACCUGCACCCCAAGGACGGCGUGUACCCCGAGAAGGUGAAUGCUGGCCGCGCCAACGCCAACAUCUGGGUGGUGGGCGGCAGCGACGAGCGCGCCGUGAAGCACGACGUGUUCGCCUUCAACACGCGCACCCGGGAGGUGCGCGCGCGAGGGGGCGAGGGGAGAGGUGGGGACAUUUGGGGAAGAUGCGCAGAAGGGGGAAAAGUGGGUCCAUGGGAGGAAUAUGGGCGCACAAGGGAGGUGCCACGGGGCAGAGAGGCGCGCAAGGGGGGGAGUCCGCUCAUAGGGGAAGAGAAUGGGAGCGCAGUGGGGGAAGGGGGGGGAAAGGGUGGGCAUGGGAAGGAGGGGGCCGCGUGGGUGGUUAGAAGGUGCGCUGUAAGAGGUGAGUGUGCAUACAGUGCCGUGCUCUUGCAGGAGAGUCAGUCACACCUGCUUGCCACCCACUCAUAUCACCUCCCCCUCCGCCACCUCCCUCCCCCGUGCUUCACGCCCCUUCUUGCGCCACCCCCCUUCUCGCCCCUCCUCGUCCACUGCACUCCUUCUCCCCCUUCGCCUCCCCCCCCAUGUUGUCUCCAUUCGUUUUCAGUGGAGGCAGGUUCAGACACGUGGCAGUCGCUGAGCUGGCAUGACCUGCGCCCCUCAGGCUCCCCGCCCCCUGCCCGCGGCUACCACUCCAUGACAAACCUUGCCGGCCGCGUGGUCAUCUUUGGGGGGAAGACCAAGCAGCGGGCGGACAAGGAGCAGCACGGCCUCUGGGCAUACGACCCACUAACCAACGUCUGGGAGCAGCCCACGGUGGCAGCAGGGGGCCCACAGGCGCAGCCGCGGUCCAAUCAUGCGGCGACAGGUGUCGGGGGCGGGAUGGCGGUGGUGCAUGGGGGGCGCGUGAAGAAGGAGCGCCUCGAUGACCUCUGGCGGCUGCAGGCCGUGGCCCCACCACACAACACACCACCGCCAUCGCCCCCAUGCGCCCGUGCCUCUCCACCCAUCUCCCUCGCCUGGCACCGCAUCGCCACUCUCCCCUCCUCCGCGCCCAUGCCCGCCGUGCCUGCAUGUACCACUCAUACGCGGACCUCUUUGCUCUCCGGAACCUUCCUGCCGCCUUCCCAACAACGGCCAGCCAAUCACCUGCUGCCACGUCCGCAGGCGAGCAUGGGGGAGGAGAGGCUCCAGGCAGCCUGGCAGCUGGCCCAAGACUGCUGCGAGCCAAUCGUGGAGCGACACGUGUCACUGCAGGGGUUGCUGCAGACACACGUGGUACAGAUGAGUGUGAUCGGCCCGUGGCUGUGGGGAGAGGAGGAGGAGGAGGAGGAGGAGGAGGAGGAGGAGGAGGAGGGGCAGGAGGAGUGCUGCAGCAGCGGAAGCAGCAGAGGUAGUGCUGCCGCACCAGCGGUGGCAGCAGCAGCGGCAGCAGCAGCAGCGGCAGCAGCAGCAGGAGGCAGGGAGCGGGCUCCCGCUGUGGCUCGCAGGGCGACCACAGGGCUGGGGCCAUGGCGGGUGGAUGGGGGGCGCAAUGCAGUGGGGGAGGGCGAUGAUGGUGUGGCGAGGUGUGGGCGUGGGCCUGCAGAGGAGACAACAGGAGCGAGGGGGUUAGAAGCAGGUCCGGUGGGUGGGGAUGAGAGGGAGAGUGGGGCGAAGAGAAGGAGGAUGGAUCAAGAUCAAGCUCUUGCUGCUGGGGAGAGGAGAGAUGGGGAGGAGGGGCAUAUAAGGGGAGGGGGGGGAGUGGGGAAAGAGGGGGAAGGGGACAGAGGCGCAGAGAUGGCGAGAGGGGGGGCAGCUGUGGCUGCAAGGGUAGAUGGGGGAGGAGGCGGGGAGGUGGGACGAGGGGGGAUGACCUGGGGAACAUUGGGGGGAACAUUGGGGGGAACAUUGGGGGGAACAUUGGGGGGAACGUUGGGGGGAACGUUGGGGGGAAGAUUGGGGGGAACGUUGGGAGGAACGCUGGGGGAAGCGGUGGGGAGUAUGCAUGGCAGGAAGAAGAGAGUGGGAUGGGGGGAAGUGAGGGGCUGUGAGGGGGGGGAGAGGGUGGGAGACAGUGGCGCAGAGGGGAGGGGAGGCGGGGCAGGCGGGGGAGAGGAUGAAUGGGGAUGCAUGGACAUGCAUGAUGGGCGGCAUGGGGUAGAGCACAUGGCCAGUGAGAGGGCGGGAGGUCGUGAGCAGGGGGGGGAACAAGGGGGGAAGGAGGUGGGUGAGCGUGGGGAGGAGAGAUUAGGCAUUGGGGGGAGUUGUAGGGGUGGUGCUACUAUGAGAGCAGGGGUUGGGGUGAUGGGAGGGAGAGGGGUAGCAGGUGGGGCAGUGGGGGCAGAAGAGAGGGGCAACUGGCGCACAGGCAGGGCAGGGGCGGUUGGGGUGGAGCGGUGUGGGGGAAGCAAGGGGAGGGAGGGAGAGGAGGGGAGAGAGGUGGUGAGGGAGCGAGUGGGGGAAGCACAAGGGAUAGAGAUGGAUGGAGUGGGAGAAAUCGGAGGAGUGAAGUCGGUGCACGGAACAAAGGAGAUGGCAGGCGUGCAGGCGAUGGCUACGGGCAUGGAGGAGCGGCUGGCAUCGCUGGAGCGAGAUGCGCUGCUACGAGCGGCAAUGGAGCAGCAGAUUCGGGCGCUUUCACACGAUUUUGCAGCCGCCAGGGCAGAGGGGGCAGCAGCGAGGGCGGAGGGCGAGGCAGCGCGGAGGAGGCUGGAAGUUUCUGAAAAGGAGCUCGCAGCAGCGAAGGCAGAGGGGGCAGCAGCAAGAGCACAAGAGAUGGCGGCGAGGGCGACAUUUGAACGGAUGCAGAAGGAGGUAGCAGCAGCGAGGGAGGAGAGGGAUGUGGCGAGAGAGUUAGUGCAGCGAUGUGAGGGUGAGGUGGCAGCAGCACGGGCGGAGGGGGAGGCGGCGAGGGCAGCAGCGAGAGCGGAGGCGGUGCAGAGGGCAGCGGCAGAGAGGGAGCUGCGUGGAGCUGUGAGCGCUUUGGAAGCUGAGCUUGCACACGCCAAGGCGCAGGUGAGGGACGGGGGAGGCGCAGGUGAUAUUGCGGGUCAGCGGCUGCUAUUGGGUAAUGUGGUGGCGGGCAGGGGCAAUGGUACAUGGACGCUCUCACUUUGUGAGGAGGAGCGGCAGCAGAGGGAGGCGGAGUGGCGGAAGGUGGAGGAGCAGCAGCAGCGGGCGUGUGAGCUGGAGAGGCGCGUGGGGGAGGGCGAGGCGAGGCUGAAGCAGCUAGAGGCGCAGCUGGUGCAAGCCGAAGCUGAGGCUCGGGAAGCAGCAAGGAGGGUGAGCAGGCAGCAGCAGGAGGCUGAGACGAUUAAAGGGGAGCUGCAGGCAGCACGAGAGGAGCUGUCGUCCCUGCAUGCUGAGGUGGCAUCGCAGCGACGUGCAAUGGAUUCCAUGAAAGCCUCCCAUGCUCAGGUGAAAACAGCAGAGGGUCAGGAGCAAUCCCGAGCAGCCCAGCAGCUUGCGGCAGUGCAGGAACAACUGGGGAAGGUGCAGCAAGAGCAGGAGGAGUUGCAGCGGGCUCUUAGAGACGCCAAGCACCACACCACCCAGGUGCCUCUUCUUUCUCACUUCUUCCACCCAGUGCCUCACCGUGCAAGUGCCUCACCAUGCCCCUGCAUCAGUUCUCCUGCUCCUCCUUUAACCAAUUUUCAUCUGUUUCUCCUUGACUCUUUGCUAUCCUUACACCCGCCUUGCCUCACACCCGCCGUUUCCGCCUUGUGCAAACGGCAGGUGGAGGCGGAGUGGCAGCAGCAGAAACAGGCAGCGGAGGAGGAGCGGCAAAGAAAGGCGGAGCAGCACAGGCGAGAAAUGGAGCAGAUUCAAGCGAGGCUCAUACAGGCUGUGGGUCAGAAACAGUGUGCAGAGCAACGCCUGGAAGAUUCCAGGAAGCAGGCUGAUGAGCUCAGCGAGCGGGUCAAGCAGGUGGAGCAGCGAGCAGAGCAGCAUGUGGCAGCAGCACAGCAGUGGAGGCAGACAGAGGCACGGCUGCAAGCGUCUCUCCUUAAAGUGAAGCUGGAAAGGCAGAGGCUGCAGACUCAGGCCGACACACUCAGGGCGCACCUAGCACAGCACCAGGCAGUGCAGCAGCAGAUGGAGAGCAGCUGGCAGCAGCUGCGGGGCAGCACUGACACGCUCUCUGCCCUGCUGCGCUGUAACACCACCACUGCUGGUAACCCUACUGGAUUAGGGGAACGACAUGGUAGUGAUGAUGAUGACGGUGGUGGUGCUGGUGGUGGUGGGGUUGGUGGUGGUGGUGGCGGUGGUGGUUGGGUGAAUAGAGGGAGGCAGCACAGGGAGCAGCAGUAA